CAGACCAUUCUCUACCUAGCCUACGGCUCCAACCUCUCCGCCAAGACCUUCAAAGGCAUGCGGGGCAUCCAACCGCUCUCCGCUAUCCCUGUGCAAGUCCCGUCCCUCUCCCUCACCUUCGACCUCCCGGGGAUCCCCUACAAAGAACCCUGCUUCGCCAACACCUGCUAUCGAUCCUCCUCCUCGCCCUCCUCUCGCUGGCCGCACGGCCUCAUCGGCGUCGUCUACGAAGUCACGCCCGCCGACUACCGCACCAUCAUCGCUACCGAAGGCGGCGGCUCUAGCUAUCUCGACAUCACCGUACCCUGCCACCCGCUCCGCUCGACUCCCGACAACAACAGCGCGCCCUUCCUCGCACACACGCUCCUCUGCCCACAAACCGACAAGGCCCGCGCCUUGCGUCCGGACCCUACCUACGCGCAGCCGUCGCCGCGCUAUCUCAAACUGAUCACGGAUGGUGCGGAAGAGCACCAGCUCCCAGCCUCCUACCUCGCCUACCUCUACAGUCUGCGCGCGUAUCGGAUCACGACCAUCCGGCAGCGCAUCGGGCAGGUCUGGUUCCUGGGCAUCUGGGCCCCGAUCCUAGCGCUGCUUCUCGGGCUGGGGAAAGUGCUAGCGGAUGACGAGGGCAGGAUUCCCGGGUGGUUGGCCAGGCUUAUGGAAGGUGUGACGUGGGCCAUGUGGGCCAUGUAUGAUGGCUUUUUUAAAAGGGUUUUUGGAGAUGGGGAGAGGACUUUGGGGGAUGAU